UAUGGACAGGGUCUACAUCAUCGGCUUAAUUACGAUUGGGUGUCUAAGUGUCCAACUGUCACAUGGUGCUACCACCUCGUCGCCAUCAUCAACCCAAACAUCCCAAACCGAGGCUGAACAAGACGCCGGUACAACUUCCGGUGUCACCGGAACAACACCAUCUGGAACAACGGAAGACAAUCUAAACGUCUCUUCUUGUCCGCGAUUUAAUAAUCGCCAUGAUAAUGGCACACUUUAUGUACCAUACAUAGAAGGUCGAUGUGAAAUGACCGUCACUGUAGAAACCGUGACGCUACCUCCAUUGUUGUUAGUAAAGAUGUUUAAGCGAGGGAAAAGGGUUAUAAGAAGACCAGUGGUCAGCUUCAGAACUAUAGACACAGAACUGGACGGAGAAGCAGUCACUUGUGAGUCUUUGCCUAGCCGGGCACUAGGGCCGUUCGUCUUCGUGGAUACAGUGGCUGGUGAAUGUCAAAUGUUACUGAAAGUACAGCGACGGAAAAAUGGAAAGAUUAUAUCACGCGGGCCAGGAGACAGGAAGUGGUGGAAACCAUGGUUACGACCGGGAAAACGACCCGGAAAUCGACCAAGGAUAGAAAAGUUUACAUUCGUUCCAGCCUAUGAAUACCUGGAUGAAGUUGUGUACUAAAUGGAGAAACUUUCUGAAAUGUUAUUGUACUAGUAACUACAAAUUUCCCCAAAUUUUGUUGGCAUGCAAAUAUAUAUGUGAAUUGUGUACAUUAAAUACCUACAUUAUUGUCAGUGAUGUUUUGUGUAGACUU